AUGUCAGAAAGCUGUUCUCAAACCAUUUUUAUUUUCUACUUUGACUUGCACAUAAACUCAUCCACAUUCCCCAACCAAGCAUAUGUUCCUGAGGAGGAAUUGAAGGCAGCAGAAAUAGAUGAAGACAGAGUGGAGGAUGACGGGCUGUCUCUGGACAUCCAGGAGAGUGAGUAUUUGUGCAAUGAAGAAACAGAGAUCAAAGAGGCUCAAAGCUACCAGAACUCCCCAGUCAGCACUGCAACUAAUCAAGAUGCAGGCUAUGGUUCACCGUUUAGUGAAAACAGUGAUCAACUGGCCCAUUUCAAAAGCACUUCCUCUCAAGAAGAGAAAGAGGAUCAUCAGUGCACAGACAAUGCUUCCUAUCCACAGGACAGCUUGGCACAAAUAAAAGCUGUGUAUGCAAAUUUACUCUCAGAGUCUUGCUGGUCCAGUUUAGCUUUGGACUUAAAGAAAUCCAGUCCAACUACCAGCAACAAUGAAAUCAGCCAGAAUGAAAACACCACCAAUUGCAAUGCUAAUACCAACACCCACGGUACCAGUACCAACACCAGUACUAGUACGAGUAACUGUAAUACUAGUAACAGUAACAGUGGUGGUUCAGGUUAUGACUGGCACCAAGCUGCAUUAGCUAAAACUUUGCAGCAGACUUCUUCAUAUGGACUUCUCCCAGAGCCUAGCCUGUUCAGCACAGUUCAGCUUUACCGGCAAAACAAUAAACUCUAUGGGUCUGUGUUCACCGGUGCUAGUAAAUUUCGAUGCAAAGACUGCAGUGCAGCCUAUGACACACUGGUGGAGCUAACAGUGCAUAUGAAUGAAACUGGACAUUACCGUGAUGACAACAGAGAUAAAGAAUCUGAAAAGACCAAACGGUGGUCAAAGCCUAGAAAACGUUCGCUUAUGGAAAUGGAAGGCAAAGAGGAUGCUCAAAAAGUGCUGAAAUGCAUGUACUGUGGGCAUUCAUUUGAAUCUUUGCAAGACCUGAGUGUCCAUAUGAUAAAAACAAAGCAUUACCAGAAAGUGCCUCUGAAGGAACCAGUACCAGCCAUCACUAAACUGGUCCCUUCUACCAAAAAGCGAGCACUUCAGGACUUAGCUUCACCUUGUUCACCUGAGCCACCAGGGAUCACUGCAGAGGCUGCAUUGAGUGAGUCUGCAAAGGAUCAGAAAACUGCCAAUCCCUAUGUGACUCCAAACAAUCGCUAUGGCUAUCAGAAUGGUGCUAGCUACACUUGGCAGUUUGAGGCCCGUAAAGCCCAGAUACUGAAAUGCAUGGAAUGUGGCAGUUCUCAUGACACAUUGCAGCAACUUACUGCUCAUAUGAUGGUCACUGGUCAUUUUUUGAAGGUGACCAACUCAGCCUCGAAAAAAGGAAAACAACUAGUGUUGGACCCUGUGGUGGAGGAAAAGAUACAGUCCAUACCUCUGCCACCCACCACCCAUACGAGACUACCAGCCUCCAACAUUAAAAAGCAACCUGAUUCUCCAGCUGGGUCUACAAACUCUGAGGAGAAGAAGGACCCAGAAAAGGAAAAGGUGGUUGUCACUGAAACAGACAAAAAGAUAAAAGAGGAGAGUGAGGACUCUAUGGAAAAAUUUGAGCCAACAACUUUAUAUCAGUACCUCAGAGAGGAGGAUCUGGAUGACAGUCCUAAAGGUGGAAUAGACAUAUUGAAAUCCCUUGAGAACACGGUGACAACAGCUAUCAGCAAGGCUCAGAAUGGAGCACCUUCCUGGGGAGGAUACCCCAGCAUUCAUGCAGCUUACCAGCUACCGGGAACAGUAAAGUCCCUACAACCCACAGUGCAGAGUGUUCAAAUGCAGCCAUCCUAUGCCAGUAGUGUAAAAUCACUGUCGUCGGAACACAGUGCACUCGUCCAUUCCCCAGGUAGUCUCACACCGCCACCUCACAAGAGUAAUGUGUCGGCGAUGGAGGAGCUGGUGGAGAAAGUUACAGGUAAAAUCAAUGUAAAGAGGGAAGAAAAACCUGCAGAGAAAGAGAAGAGUUCUCCCGUUAAACCAACGUCACCUGCUGCUAAAGAAAACAAAGACUUUCCAAAAUCUGAGGAAAUAAACAACAAACAGCAACAGAAAAAGAGUCCCGAUGCAGAAGUUCAGAAGGUCAAAAAGGACAGUCCAGCUGAAACUCAUACUCCAAAUGGUACAGAGCCACUCAAAGCAAAAGUCGCAAAUGGCUGUAAUAAUUUAGGAAUCAUCACAGAUCAUUCGCCUGAGCCAUCUUUCAUUAACCCAUUGAGUGCUUUACAGUCCAUUAUGAAUACCCACCUAGGCAAAGUUUCUAAGCCAGUAAGCCCCUCUUUGGACCCUUUGGCCAUGUUGUACAAAAUUAGCAACAGUAUGUUGGACAAACCCAUUUACCCGACCACUCCGGUCAAGCAGGCUGAUGCCAUCGACCGAUACUACUAUGAAAACAGUGAUCAGCCCAUUGAUUUAACCAAGUCCAAAAACAAACCUCUUGUUUCCAGUGUGGCUGACUCUGUCUCUUCUCCUCUAAGGGAGAGCGCCCUAAUGGAUAUUUCUGAUAUGGUGAAAAAUCUCACAGGGCGUUUGACACCCAAGUCUUCGACUCCAUCUACUGUGUCAGAGAAGUCGGAUGCUGAUGGAAGCAGUUUUGAGGAAGCGCUGGAUGAGCUGUCACCAGUACACAAGAGGAAAGGCAGGCAGUCCAACUGGAACCCUCAGCAUCUUCUGAUCCUUCAAGCACAGUUUGCUUCCAGCUUGAGGGAGACACCAGAAGGCAAAUAUAUUAUGUCAGACCUCGGUCCACAGGAGCGGGUACACAUCUCUAAGUUUACUGGUCUUUCCAUGACCACAAUUAGCCACUGGCUGGCCAAUGUGAAGUAUCAGUUAAGGAGGACAGGUGGAACUAAGUUUUUAAAGAACCUAGACACAGGACAUCCUGUUUUCUUUUGCAAUGAUUGUGCCUCUCAAUUCAGGACUGCUUCUACAUACAUAAGUCACUUAGAGACACAUUUAGGGUUUAGUUUGAAGGAUCUGUCAAAGUUGCCACUAAAUCAGAUUCAAGAACAGCAGAAUGUUUCAAAAGUCCUCACGAACAAGACUUUGGGCUCACUUGGAAUUGCUGAGGAGGACUUGGGCUCCACAUUCCAGUGUAAGCUCUGUAACCGAACUUUUGCAAGCAAGCACGCAGUCAAACUGCACCUUAGUAAAACACACGGCAAGUCCCCAGAGGACCAUCUGAUCUAUGUAACUGAGUUAGAAAAACAAUAG